CACAAGCAGAAUGUUAACGGUUCGUUGGUUGGAUCGGUUCCUGCAGUGGAGGUUUCUCGUCUAUGGUUGCGGUACGAAUCAUUCUCUAUUGUCGAGUUAAAUUCGGUUUCAGUGCUGUUCGGUGGCUUUGACUUGGGAGACACCGCGGCGUUUCAGUCAGAACCCUGCACCGACGAGGAAUUGGAAGCUGGAACGCAGUGCUUUCGAAGGAUUCCAGAGAACAUUUAUUCCUUCCCACGAGGGUACACCGCCCUCUUGCACUGUUUCGUCGAAAAUAUGCAUGGCAGAGCCCAAUGGCGUUUCAACAACUUCAUGUUGGGGCACGACAGGACCGUCCCUGGAUUUGAGCGAAUCUCGAUGCCUGGAGACCCCAACACAGGCGAUGUGAGUUUGCAGAUAAAGAACCUCACUCCAAGUGAUGCUGGGGAAUACGAAUGCCAAGUCACGCCUGUUCCCAGCAAGAACCAGCCCCUUCUUCGCAGGAAAACGUGGCUCCAAGUCACCGGUGGAGGUUCCCUGGUGUGGUUAUGGGGAACGCUGGCUUGUCCAACAGUUCAGCAGGGCGAAGCCAAUGGACAAUGUCGUAAAAUAACUCCUCUCUUCCUCUUAGUCAUACCCUCAAUGCCCAGACUCUUCGCACUUGGACAGGAGGUCAAGAAACGGACCCUCGUUGUACCCCUGCCGGGUAAUGAUGAAAAAACGAUUAGCGUCGAGUGCGUAGCGUUAGACGGAAUUCCUCCACCGGACUUCUACUGGAAACUCAACGACGCUCUCCUAAGAACCCCACCCAUCGACUCAAAGGGCGUUGAGCCUCCAGGACCGCCAAAAAUCACCCUCCUAGACAACAACUUUGACAGAAUAUUCAAGGAGGGGACGAAGCUGCAGGCGAAGUGUGUUGCUACACCUCCUGGCAACCCAGUGGGGGCUCUGUUCUGGCGUUGGCACUUCCCCCCUUCACCCACUGCGACCCCGCCGCCGUUUCCACGCGGUCCACACGUCCUCGGCUUGCCAUUCUACUCGCAGGACUUCGCUCAGACCGUCGCGCACACCGAGGACGUACCCACGAGCUUCUACGAGACGUCAUUUACGCGAGGGGAACUGGCGAGCCUCCUCACGAUACCCUCGAUUCACCGACGCUACCACUCCGCCAAACUCUCCUGCGAGACUGGCCACGAGACGGGGGUUUCCAGGCGAACAGACGUCGACAUCAAGAUACGUUAUCCUCCCCACAAUGUUACUGUCACAUUAAAAAAUAAACCCCUGCUCGCUGGACUCGUGAACGGACGUCCUGAGCUUGUCGCCUACGCCCAAGAACAGACCACUCUGACCUUCCGUUGCACCACCGAUGAGGUGUACCCAGACGUGACCUUGAAGUGGGUGCUGCUGACAGAAGAUCGUACAGUCUUGCAGCCCGACCUAGAAGCUACGCGGAACGACUUGAAGGCGUCAUCAAGUCAUGCCGGCGCGUAUUUUCGAGAGUCUGAGGUGACAAUUCAAAUGCUCCAGCGACACCAACGUGGUUUCCUGGAUUGUCAGGCUUGGUAUGACGGAAUAAAUCGAGUUAUACGAAGCGUUCGUCUUGGAAUCAUUUAUCCGCCAGAUCAACCAAUCAUCAAAGGCCUCGGUGCCAACGAACCAAUCAGAGUCGGCGAGACGAGGAAGUUGGUUUGCGAGUGCCUGAACGGAUAUCCACCACCGGAUUUGCAGUGGUUUAAAAGUAAAACAAUUGCGCCGCUAGUUUUAACCGUCUACUUUCCACCCUCUGAAGUGACGGUCAGAAUCAGCCAGUUCGGACCGGUUUUGGAGGGUCAAGAGUUGGAGGUCACCUGUGAAGCAGGUCCGGCCAACCCCCCAGCUCGUCUACAGUGGCGCUACUACCAUUGCAGCCGGAUCAAACAGUACAUGCGUAGAGCCGAUCACUCAAGCAUCCUCCUCACAUCUGAGGGUAGGAUCAGUGCCUCCCCCCAGACCACACUAAGUCCCAGCGAUGUGACACAGGACUGUGAAAUGGAUGAACGAAUUGGCAUCGAAGAUCCAACAUCUGAAGGAAGCCAUCACGGACACAUUUCACGGGGUCGGCUGCUGCUGCGACCAGAAUGGAGGGAUCACUUGGAUAUCGUUGCGUGUCUUGCCGCAAAUAAGGAGUACGGACCGUACACGAAGCAGAGCCAGAUCCAUCUCAACAUCUCCUUUCCGCCGCAUUUCAUUGGUUAUCAGACCGGCGAUUCCCACAGCAUUGUUGAGGGUGUUGAACACAGAAAUCAUAGUUGUGCCGAAAUGAACACAACUCAUCCCACACCUUGGCUACAACUCAACUCAAUCGAUUCUGACAUGGGUUCACAACGAACUCUGGACUUGAUUCCUUACGGGAACCCCAAAAGUGAGCGUGUCACGUGGCUGGUGAAUGGAAAACCACUGAAAAAGAGCCCAAUUGACCCGAGAACAGCUGACUUUACGAAAAAACACAUCAAAAAGGCAGUAGCCAAACUGUCUGGACUCUAUCAGACAGACGAAGUUCUAGUCAUCUUUGCGAUCAAACGCGCCCACACGACCAACGUGACGAUUCAGGCGCAGAACAGUCUGGGCGUGAGUGAGGUCACCUUCACCCUCAACGUCACGUAUGCUGCCGUCAUUUCCGGCGCGGUUGACGCCAACGUAAGUUUGGGCUCACUCGCCGUUUUGGUGUGCUCUGCCAAGGGGAACCCAGCAGUGGCCGCGAACUCGUUUACCUGGCAUCGAUUUCUUUUUCCUGACUGGGAAAGGGAGGCCAACGAGGCGCCAGGCAUUGAGACCACGGCGCUCGGCUGCAACGAUGUCACUCGAAUCGAUUCUUCCAUUAAACAUCUCGUCCAAUGCGAAGAUGUCGAUCAGAUCACGAUGCAAAGUCAACUUUACAUCUACAACGUUACACGCGACGACGUUGGUCUAUACGGAUGCACAGUUGACAAUGGCAUUUCCAAACCGAGCCAGGCACAGAUGAAACUCUUCAGCACGUUCGCGCCGGAGAUUGUCAAGCAGCCGAAAUUUGCAAAAGUGGCGGCUCCGUUCGGUUCCAGUGCGACGCUUCAGUGCUUCAUUCGGGUAGAACCGAUGCCGCGUGUGGUUUGGUUCUUGGACCAACGCGAGAAGGACACCAGUACCAGCGUGAAGCGCAUUUUCGACUCGAGUUGUGGCGCCUUUGUUGCGCAAUUGGGUCUGCCGUGUGCUAAGGCCGCGUCGAAUCCCAAAUUCACUCACACUACCAAGCAACUACGACCUGGUUAUUACUCGGCGACACUGCGUAUCAACGCCAUUCACGUGACCGAUUUUGGUCAAUACACAUGCAAGGUUGUGGCAGCAGGUGGCGAAGAGGACCAAUUUCAGAUCCAGGUGACAGGAACGGGACCCCCUGAGGUGCCCUACGAUCUUCAGUUACUAAAUGCAACGACAUCCAGCCUUCGGGUGGCCUGGAAACAGGGCUUUAACGGUGGCUACAGGCAAACAUUUACCGUUCGUUGGAAGACCGACCUUCAGGGGGACCAAUACCGUUACGCCGAUGUUGCUGAAGUGGAGGACACUGUUUCGGUGGCAUUCACGAUUCAAGGUUUGAAGGCUGCCACUCAGUAUGAAAUUGGCGUGAGUUCGCGCAACGACAUGCACGGCCAAUCUGAGUACACGACUUCUAUUCUAGCAAAGACUAGCUCAGUCCUCGACGACUUUGAUGGUUUUGACAGCUACCACAGUGUGAAGGCAGUGGGUUAUACCAAGUCCAGCUCACUCUUCAUCAUUGUCUCUGCUUGCGUGAUUGGAGGAAUCGUGAUCUUCAUUAACAUCGUUGUAAUCACCUAUCUAAUGCGCAAGCGCCACAAACACACCAAUCAAAUCGCGUCAACGCCCAUCGCUAAGGCUCAGGUUUUUCCGCUGAGAAAGCAGCAUCGCAAUUGGUCAAAAUCUGACGGCCAGUUCUACCACGAUGCCCACCAUCGACACCCGGGUGGGGGACACUUCUACACCCCCGACCCACUUCUUGUCCGUGACGUCGCCGGACAGACAGGGCUAGUGUCUUCCUCACAAACAAACCCCGUCUACGGAUACGUGCCGAUUGUGGACCAAUCGCGAGAGCCCGCGGACCCUUUCAGUCAGCCGGUAUAUUUAUCGGGAUUCCCACUUUUCUCCCCUACGGAGGCGUCCUACCGUUCCCACCAAAGAACUCUCACCGAUGGGGCAUUCCAGCAGUCCUCAACCCCAGUGCGGGUAAAGGGCAGUAACACAGUCGUUAGCCCAAGCACACCGAAAGCCCACAUUAAUCGAUACGGACAGACUGAGCGCCAACGGGCCGAAAUCUCCCAGUACCCAGGCGGCUUGAGACGCCGAAGGAGCUUCAGUGAUGCGCUGGACCAGAAAGGAACAUUCACCGCGAUCGGAAUGUACGAUCCCAUGAACCAUAAGUCGCACACCCUCGCAAGACCGCCCUCAAGGCGCCAAACAAACGGCGUAUCAAGUCCACUUCAAGGUCACGACCUUCAGGCGGACAGAAGGAGGGUUAAUUUUUCCGAGCGGAACCUCGAACAUCCUGACUAUCUUGGCUACACCGAGGAUUGCUACGUUAAUCAACUCGAGGCCUUGCAAGAUGGCAACAGUCCAACGAAACGCCUUCUGUUGAACGGGGUUUGUACAUCCACGUCGAUGGCUCAAGGAUCACGCGCUCGCGACCAAAACGACACCUGGUGCGAUUUCUCCGAUGUUGUUGUUUGA